CGCUUCAGUCGCUGCCGGCAGAGACCGCCACUCUCUCCACAACAACCAAAACAAUGUCUCUUUACGACGACCUCAUCGAAGACAACGACAACCAGAGCGACGGUUGGGCGCAGACGUCCGGCCGCCGGCUUUUGGCGCAACACUUGCAGAACAAGACGAAAGCCAAUCAAAUGAAAGCCAAACCCAUUCGCAGGGAAAUCAAGUGUCACGACGAGUCGUCCGCUUCCGCCGCCAUUCCCGCCAUUUCUGCGCUUCCCUUCAACUCGAAGGGCAGUCUAUUGGGCGGCGAUUGGGCCGUCGGCGAGGAGUACGACCCGAUUUGGCCGAACGAUUACGAGAAGGCGCGCGAAGAGCGGCGCGAAAAGCGACACAAAGAGCAGCGAAAACCGCAGAAACGAACGCUUGGUUUGGAUUACGACGACGAAGAGGACGACAAGUGCGACGCCGACGACGACAGCAGACGUCGUGCGGGCGCUGCCAUUGCGCCGCCGCCGUCUCUCGUGGACAGUUGUGUGGCGAAGAAGAUAAUGGCCAAAAUGGGCUACAAAGAGGGCCAGGGGUUGGGCCGCGAGGAGCAGGGGAUGGCUUCUCCCCUCCUCGUCGAGAAGACCAGCAAAAGGGGCGGCAAAAUAGUGGACGCGACGCCUGUGGCGACACCUGUGGAGUCGAUCACGGAGAUCAUGAAAACGCCGUCGAAAGUGGUUCUGUUGCGAAAUAUGGUGGCGAAGGGCGAAGUGGACGANCUCCUCGUCGAGAAGACCAGCAAAAGGGGCGGCAAAAUAGUGGACGCGACGCCUGUGGCGACACCUGUGGAGUCGAUCACGGAGAUCAUGAAAACGCCGUCGAAAGUGGUUCUGUUGCGAAAUAUGGUGGCGAAGGGCGAAGACCUGCUUGACGACCUUCUCCUCUGGUUUCUCCUCACGCCGUUUAUGCCUCUGCACUACGCGCAGCAGUAG